AUGGGGGCCAAGUUACAUAUUGAGAGUGGGGACAUUCAAGGAAUUAUUGACCCCUCACUACGUAACGAAUAUGACAUACAAUCCAUGUGGAAGAUAGCCGAGAAAGCUUUGAUGUGUGUUCAACCUCAUGGGAGUAUGAGGCCUUCAAUAUCAGAUGUUAUUAAGGAAAUCCAAGAUGCAAUCUCAAUUGAGAGGGGAGCAGAGGCAGUGAGAGAAGGCAGCUCUGAUGAUAUAUCAAGGCUUUCUGUGCAUUCUUCCAUAAACAUGAGUUCACUGGAUUUUGGUGCAAAUGAUAAUUCUUUGUCAAUCGAUGACUCCAUCUCACAGCCAACUGCUCGAUAG